UAAAAUAAAAAUAGUAAUAUUGUCUUACGUGGCACCCCUGCUUUUAUCACGGGCGUUUUGCCACAAUCGGUGUAGGGCGCAUAAAAGCGACGCGAUGCUCGGCGCGCGCUCCAUUCGCUCACAGACCGCCGCGCGCGCCGCACCAAUGAUCCUCCCGCGCACCAUGUCCCCGCCGCACGGCGCCUUCCACCCGCCACACGCACACCCCGACGAAGAACCCGUCUCCCGCACCUACCAGUACCGCAAAGUCAUGAAACCCAUGCUAGAGAGGAAGCGAAGAGCUCGCAUCAAUCGCUGUCUGGACGAGCUCAAGGAUCUCAUGGUCACGGCCCUCCAAGCGGAAGGAGAAAACGUCUCCAAACUAGAAAAAGCGGACAUCCUCGAGCUCACCGUCCGACACCUCCACAGUCUCAAGAGGAGGGGUCAACUAGUGUUGAAACCGGAGAUGUCAUAUGCAGAACGCUUCCGUGCUGGAUUUACACAGUGUGCUACUGAAGUGUCACAGUUUAUUGCGAACGCGACGUUGGCCGCUAACGCGAUGCAGCGUCAAGGUCCAGUGGACCCCCAAGCCGGGGCGAGGUUGUUGCAGCAUCUCAGUGGUUGUAUCAGGAGGUUGGAGAAUCCCCAAGUUGUCCAGCCACAGCCGAUCGCGCCUAAUGGAGUCACACGGCCGACGCCGUUACCGGCAAUAGCGCAAACACAGCAACCUCAAGCACCUCAGCAGGGUCCGGAGAGGACGUCGUUACACGAGCGAGGGUUGAAGAGGCCAGCAGAGGCGCUGGUGGACGUGGAAGCGGCGCUUGCGAAGCGAGCGUACGCGCCGCCGUCGCCGCCCCACAGCCCCGCCUCCGAGCCCGACCCCGCCCAGUCGAUGUGGCGGCCCUGGUGACGGCUGUAGCAUGAAGACGUCAGGACUGUGUGACCCAAGUUUAGUGUGAUACGAACUUUGUUGUUUAUUUAUUGUACGUUCCUAGAACCGAUGUGUGUUAUAGUUAAUCUUUGCAUGGUUAGUCGUUCUGCUCGCUUACGCUUGUUGAAGUUUGUGUUUGGAAUUAAUAAAUAAGGUUUUUGUUUUUGAUUAAUAA